CCUGCCCCUCAGCGCGGCCGCCAUUUCGGGGAGCGCCGAGCCGGGCGCGCGGCGCCCUCUGGUGGCCUCGCGGCCAGCCCGGAGCCGCCGGUCGGUGGCCAUGAAGUCCGUGUUCGUCACCGUGGGCACCACCAGCUUCGACGAGCUGAUCGCGACCGCCCGCUCCCCGCCGGCGCUGCAGGCGCUGCAGAGCCGCGGGUACCAGAAGGUGGUGCUGCAGGUGGGUCGGGGAGCGCUGCAGCCGCCGCUGCCCAGCGGCAGCGCGGCCCUGGAGGUGGAAUCGUUCCGCUUCAAGGACUCGCUGGCAGAGGACCUGCGGAGCGCCGACCUGGUCAUCAGCCACGCAGGUGCAGGUAGCUGUCUGGAGACUCUAGAAAAAGGAAAACCACUAAUAGUAGUAAUAAACGACAGGCUGAUGAACAACCAUCAGCUUGAACUGGCCAAACAGCUCCACAGAGAUGGGUACGUCCUCUGCUGUAACUGCAGCACUCUUGUGGAGACACUGCAGUUGAUGGACUUGUCAACUUUGAAACCUUUUCCGCCUGGACAGCCAGAAAAGUUUGCUUUGUUCUUGGAUAAAGUUGUUGGGUUCAACUUGUCUCCGGCCCGGGAGCGUGCAGGGAUGUCACAGGGAAUUCUGCGUAACCAACUGGCCCGAUGUUCCCCCUGGUUACGUAGCCAGGGAUGUCGAGCGAUGGAGGUGAAGGGGUUGGCGCAGCAAGGGCUCUUCCCCGGGCACGUCGGGGAGGAGAGGGCUGCGCACUCACGCCGGGGGCUGGAGCGGGGCGGGAGAACGGGACAGCUUAAAAUGGCCCGGGCGGGGAAGCUCCUGCGGGAUCCCCGGGAACAGAGAAGGCACCGGGGGCCGGUGCCGGGGGGGUCCCACCGGGCGAUCCCGCAGCGGCGGCCUCGCGCGGAGCCGCCGCGCGCCGAGCUCGCGUCCGCCUCAGCCGGGAAGAUGCAGAAGGGCUGGAAAAAGUACUUCGGGCAGAAGUCCUUCAGCGAGGUGGCCAUGGACGAGUACCUGGGGAGUCUGGGACUCUACCGCAAGAUGACGGCCAAGGACGCCUCUUGCCUCUUCAGAGCCGUCUCGGAGCAACUGUUUUCAUCUCAAAUUCAUCAUUUGGAAGUUAGGAAAGCUUGUGUCUCCUUUAUGAGGCAGCACCAGUCCAAGUUUGAAUCUUAUGUGGAAGGCUCAUUUGAAAAAUACCUAGAACGACUAAGAGAUCCGAAGGAAAGUGCUGGCCAGCUGGAAAUAAGUGCUUUAUCAAUGAUGUACAAGCGAGACUUCAUUCUGUAUCGGUACCCUGGAAAGCCACCCACAUAUGCCACAGACAAUGACUUUGAAGACAAGAUUUUACUGUGUUGUUCCGGCAACGGCCAUUAUGACUCUGUGUAUACAAAACAAUUUCAGGAGAAUGCUGCUGUUUGCCAGGCUCUAUUAUAUGAGGUCCUGUACAAAGGUGUGUUUGGCAUGGAUGAGGAAGAAUUAAGGUCUGCAGUUGAGGUGUUUCGAAGUGGAUCCAAGAAGAACAGAAACAGUGGUCGUGUAGGAAGUGAGGAUGCAAACUUCGGUUGUCUUCAUGAAAAAGUGUCCAGAAAUCCAUCAGAAAAGAGGGUGGAUGACUGGGAAGGCAAUGAUGCUGGCAAUCCAGAGGAAGCUAAGUUCAAACAAGGCAUUGAAGAAGAAAAGCCUUCAGAAAAUCCUCCAAAGAUGCCUGUUCCUUAUAAAGUGCUAAAGGCACUGGACUCUGCGAUCUAUCGAAACGUGGAGUUUGAUGUUUGGCUGGACAGCAGAAAAGAGCUUCAAAAAACUGACUACAUGGUGUUUGCUGGGAGACAGUACUAUUUAGGAGACAAGUGUCAGGUGCGUCUGGAGCCGGGAGAGAGGUAUUACAAUGCUCAUAUCCAGGAAGUUGGACAGGAGGGCAACACAUUGACUGUAUUUGUUGAGGAGCUGGCAGAAAAACAUACAGUUCCUUUGGCAAACUUGAAGCCAGUGACUCAAGUGGCUCCUGUCCUUGCUUGGAACGUGGCUCACAACCGAAGAGGAGGAGCCUAUCAGAAAAUAACGGGUGGACACUUCUCAGGAAUAGAAAUGGGUAUGAAAACACGAAAGAGAAUGCUUAAGAAAGUUCGUGGAAAGGAAGUCUUUAUGACUGUGGCUUAUAGCAGGGGGCAGCCACUUCUUCCACCCCGCCUACAGCACAAUGUUCCUUCGGGGCGCUCUCCUCCAGUUCACUGCUCACAGGGUGGUGCAAACAUGGCACCUUACAAACCCUAUCAUCAGCAGAACCCUCAGAGACAUCACCGUGGAUUUGGCAUGCUGAGGGGAUCUGCCCAAUUUAUAAACAGGCACAGCAUGGUUGGCCCUCAAAUAGCAUUCAACCCCAGUCCAGGAAAGAGAUGUUACCAGAGCUAUGACAAUUUCUCCUGCAGGUCCCGCUCGUACAGCCGUAGCCGCCGUCAGCUGCAGUGUGAGAAUAAGGAGUGUCAGGAUGGGUUUAUGGCAGGGCAUGGAGAGGAGCCUCAAGGGCCAGAAGAAACUCUGACUUUCUAUGAGAUUGAAGGAGAGAAUGAUGCUGCUUUUCCUACCUUGCCAUUUGCUUUUCAGAGCCAGAGUAGUCCUGCUCCCACUGUCCAUAGUCCAGCAGGAUUUUGGGUAGCAAGGAGAAACCAGAACUCUGUUUCACCUAACAAGCAGACCCUGAAUUCCUCAGAGGAAGAGGAAGCAAUAAGUGAAAAUGCUUCCUGUUCUAUCUCCCUUGUAGGAAAAUUUCAUGAAGAAUAUAUCUAUGCACCCCCAGAUCCUGACUGUGAAACUGCAACAGUAUUUAGUUCAGCAGAACCUACAGCAAACUUGGAAGAAGGGCCUGUCUCAGUGUCACCUCACGAGGAAGGGGCUUCCUACAGCUAUCCCCAGAAGGUGUUGGUGAACUCUGCAGGAGUUUCAGCCUCCACAGAUGUUUAUACUGCUCCAGCUACAGGCCUCUCUUCAAAUUCUGCUACCUCCACUCCAGCCAGUGUCACCACAGCAACUCCCCCCCAAACAGCAGUUCAACCUGUCAUAGUAUCUCCCUUUUCUGUGGGGAGGCCAGCAGUUUCUUCGGUGCCAUUCCCAACUUACUCAGCUCCUCUGCCUCCAGUGAGUGAGGUGGGAGAAGCUGGUGCUGUUCUUCCAGCUUACUCUUGUGAUCCCAGUGGCAGUGAUCUGCCUCGAGAUACAAAGGUCUUGCGGUACUACUUUAAUCUGGGAUUGCAGUAUUGCCAUCAGAGCUAUUGGCCUUCCAUGGUGUAUGUACAGCCAGUGCUGCCUCCAUCUUCAGUAGAAGUUUAUCCAGCAUACACUGAGCCAGCUCCUGCCUUAGAUCAGUCAGUACCUCAGAUCUUCACUGAUGCUCGGCAGACUGAAGUCCAGGUUCCCUUGGAAGCACCAGCAAAUGGUAACUUUCCAAAUGCAGAGCCUCCACCCCUAUGCUAUGGACCAGUGUAUUACCCAGUUGUGUCAGACCCCUUCAGCCAGCAGGCUCUGCCUGGGUUUGACACUGUGGUACCUGCCUACCACUAUAUUAGUACCUGGCACCCAGUAAAUCCUGCACAUGGAAGUUCACCACAAAUGGCCAACGCUGUAAGUUCAGGACCACCACACCAAAUCAGCUAUAUUGCCUCACCUAACCCUGUACCCCAUGACAUGCCUCAAGGAAUGUAAAUCUGGGAGCUGGAAACUCAUUCUUGGUUUCUCGUUUCUUGUUUGUCAACUAUUGCUAAUAUAUUUUUGUAAAUGUUAUCCUGUCUUAGGGGGCUGAGUCAGUUGAUGAAGCUGCAUUCAUAUUUCAUGUUUAGGUUUAUGCUCCUAGUUGACAAGAUGUUGUUUUAGUUGAUUAGGGAAGCAUAGGAAAAAGGUACACGCAAUCUAUAAUGCAGGGAACACAACUUGAAUGUGGCUGCAUAAAGUAUGUGGAGAAAAGAGCUGUCACUAAAGGCAUGUAUCUCUGAGAGGUUGCACUGAACACUUGAACACCUGGUUCUUGUUGAAGCACUGAAAUAGGCUGCCACUACAACUAUAGAUAAAAAUUGGGCAUAGAGUCAUUAGAGGGUGAAGAUGUUUAAAAUAAGUUGGCUUUCUCAGAUUUUGCAAAACAAAGCUGCUUUGCCCCUGGUGGUCACAUAUUUAUAACAGCUGUAUUUCUUCUGUCUGCCUUCACAGUGCAUAGAUUUCAUGAUUGGAAAUACAAGAAUAACGUUUUGAUCUGUUGUAUAUUUGUAAGAUUUGUUUUGUGAAAGCUGUUGCACAUAUGGUGAUAGUCUUUGGUGGUUAAUUUGCACUGACAGCACAAAAUAAAAGCAUUGAACAUGUGAAAA